ACCGGAAAAAUCGAACUAGAAACGGAAGUGCAGCAUGAGGAAAAUUGUGUGUGAAGUUUACUUGUGUUGUCUCUGAAGGAACGACAAAAAAAACAGUGAUUCGGUGGAGGGCGCAUUCUGUUUUACAUCUACAGCAUAUAGUUAGUCCUCUUGGACUAACCCUCUUCUUUCUCUGAGUGAGAACAGGAACAAAGUGUCAGGAUGGAUCCUGCUCUACUGAGAGAAAGGGAGCUUUUUAAGAAAAGGGCACUUUCCACCCCAACUGUAGAGAAGAGACAGGCUGCGUCAGACUCUGGAUCACACAAAAAGAAGAAACCCAAAGUUGACAAGGAGAGCUCCUCUAGUUCCAAACUCAGUAGCGAAUCUAAUGGCAGCUUCAACAUUAAGGCGAGCUCUGGGUACAAGUUUGGUUGCCUGGCCAAGAUAGUAAAUUACAUGAAGACGAGGCACCAGAAUGGGGACACGCACUUCCUGACCUUAGAUGAGAUUCUCGAUGAGACCAAACUUCUUGACAUAAGGAUGAAUCAGAAACAGUGGCUCAUGAAUGAGGCCUUGGUCAGCAAUCCAAAAAUUGAAGUCCGGGAUGGAACCUAUGGCUUCAAGCCUAAAUACAACCUGAAGGACAAGAAAGCCUUACUGAGGCUGCUGGAUAAACACGACCAGCUGGGCCUGGGAGGAGUCUUACUAGAAGAUGUAGAGGAAGGGCUACCCAAUUCAGCCAAGGCCAUCAAGGCUUUGGGGGAUCAGAUCAUCUUUGUCACAAGACCAGACAAGAAAAAGAUCUUGUUCUACAAUGACAAGCAUUGCCAGUUUGCGGUAGAUGAAGAAUUUCAGAAGCUGUGGAGGAGUGUUCCAGUUGACUCUAUAGAUGAGGAGAAGAUUGAAGAGUACCUGAAGAAACAAGGCAUUUCCUCCAUGCAAGAAACAGGACCAAAGAAAGUGUUACCAAUUCAAAAGAGAAAGAAGCAAGCCGGAAACAGGAAGAGACACUUCAAGACUCACAACAACCAUUUGGCUGGAUUACUGGAGGAUUACUCAGAUGGCGUGCCUGUAAAGAAGUGAAAUAUAUUCAUUCAGUCCCAUAUGUAACACAGAAAUGCAUGGGGAUGGUUAUUCUAGGCUCACUAUAACAUAAAGGCUGCUGAUGAAUGUUAUUUUGAAAAAAUUAGCUGUUUUUUUUCCUUUUUCUUUGCAUUCCUCUCAACAAUCUCUUGUUUUACGUUACAUGGAGUCAGUAGUUGCUGUGUUGUGGAAACCUUUUGAGUAUAAAUCAGUGAAGGACAUGAAUACUUGGAUCAUUAGGAUAGCCGGCGGCCUCAUCAAUUAAAGGGGAAACCACAACUUUACUGUUAAAGUAAAUAAGGUUGAAUUGUGUAGCUUUCUUUCAUAUUGUUUGUGUGUUUGUAUAUAUUUAGUAUAGUGUGUGGAAGGUUUUUAUUUGAAUGGUUAGCAACGGUUAUGCUUUUGUAAUAACUGCGAAAAACAGCCUUGUGUUGUGCAGUGUAUCGCAUCACACUGAAAACUCAUCCAGCAGGAAAUGUCUUCAGCUUUGUGGAACUUAAAAUAUUUAAAUGCGUUUUACUUUGCAACACCGUAACAGUGGUUUAAAAAAUAUUAGAAUUUUUGAACCAACUUAAAUAAAUUACAUUGCUACACAAAACUGCUUUGAUUAGAUCAAUAAGUUGCCAUUUUAAGUGUCAACAUUGUGUUUAAAAAAGUCAACAUUUGAAUCCAUCUAAAUAGUUAAAAUGUUUAAUUUAUUGUUAGUGUAAAUUCUUUAUCAGAAUGGCAGAAAUUACCUUCUACAACUUAAUGAUAAAAAUACUGGUAACUGCCAUCAUAAGAAAUGAGCAAAUGCAGUACAACUUGUGUACCUUAUAAGUUAAUCGUAAAAAACAAAAGGUACAUCGGCAUAGCAGGAGAAAGAUGAGAAGCUUAAUCUUCUGUUGCAGAUCAGAGUAGAAAAUAUCAGAAUUGAAGAGCAAAAACAGGGUAGGUACAUAAGUAUAUACAUUCAUGCUUUCUUCCAGCGGGAUCUAGUUAAACAUUGAUGUUCUCUGCAUUUCAAUUUCAAAAAGUAAAGUUUUAGCUAGCAGUAUGGCUUGCUUUAACAGUUUUCUUCAAAUGGUGGUAGUUUGGCAAGAUCUUCAUCAGAAAGUCGAGCUGAAGAGUCUGUGGCUGAAAUGAGAUAACAGACAUGAUGAUGAGCACAAUGCACAAAAGUUUUCUCUGCACACAAACUUAAACAAGUGGGCAUGUAUGAAAAUCUUACAUAAAAACAUUAAAUAUGAAA